AUGUGCUUUUAUGAAGUCGCACACAUCUCGCCCGAGACCCAUGCCACCCCCAUCAUCACAACAACCGCGGCCCAGGCAACGGCGGCCGCCGCACCUGUGCCUGCCUCUGCAUCGCAGCCCGAGGUCGCCAGAGCUCUUCCGGCCAAGGAUUCCAUCACCUCGGAUACGAUUGAGCAGGCUUACGAGACGUUCCGCACCCCGCCCAAGAGCGGUGGCAAGUCCUUUGACACCUUCUUGCUGUACCAGCUCAUCCAGAAGCUCGAGUCCAAGGAGCUCAAGACCUGGGCCGAGCUUGCCCUCAAGCUAGGCGUGGAGCCUCCUGACCAGGAAAAGGGCGAGAGCUCUCAAAAGAUACAGCAAUACGCUGUUAGGCUAAAGAGGUGGAUGCAUUCCAUGCAUGUCGAUGCCUUUUUCGAGUAUCUCAUGGGCCGCCCUCACCAUCCGUACUGGAGCGAGGUCACUCCGGACCCAGCCCUUUCUGAACAGGGGAAAGACGGCGUAGCCCCCGAGGAUGACAUGGCUCUUCGAGCUCUCCUCCCUCAUAUCCGCCCUAAACGUGGCCGGAAGCGAGAGGCCGACGGCGGCCGCUCACCCUCCCAACGGCCCCGGUUAGAGACUCCCCGGCCAAGAUGA